UGGCGUCACAUCCGGUCGCGGCCUCCGCGGCGGUCUUCCUCAUCCUCGAAGCGAGCGAGUCGCCGGACCCUCAGCGAAUUAAACAUCAUUUUAGCUCUCGGGGACCGAAUUAAAGUACAUUUGCGCACUCCGAAUCUGAAGUAAACAGCACCGGCGUCUUCAGACCGUGAAUGGAUCAUGGAGUGUGUUCCUGCUGUUCUAGAUGAGUUGGAUGGUAAAAAGGAGGCGCACAUAGAGGAUCCUGAGUAUAAUGUGUACACCCGCUUCAUGAAGUCCCACCGCUGCUAUGACCUGGUGCCCACCAGCUCAAAGUUGGUGGUUUUCGACACUUCUCUACAGGUGAAGAAGGCGUUCUUUGCUCUAGUGUCUAAUGGGGUGAGAGCAGCGCCUCUCUGGGACAGCACGAAGCAAUGCUUUGUUGGUAUGCUGACCAUCACAGAUUUCAUCAAUAUACUUCAUCGCUAUUACAAGUCUCCUCUGGUGCAGAUAUAUGAGUUAGAAGAGCACAAAAUAGAAACAUGGAGAGAGGUCUACUUACAAGAUUCCUUCAAACCUCUCGUCAGCAUAUCGCCCAAUGCCAGCUUAUAUGAUGCAGUUUCAUCUCUACUGAAGCAUAAGAUCCACAGAUUACCCGUCAUUGAUCCUCUAACCGGAAACACACUCUACAUCCUGACACACAAGAGGAUCCUCAAAUUCCUGAAACUCUUUAUAUCUGAGAUGCCCAAGCCUGGGUUUCUGUCUCAAACUCUGGAGGAGUUGAACAUCGGGACGUUUCACAACAUCGCAGUGGUUCACUCGGAUACGCCGCUCUACGCCGCGCUCGGCAUCUUCGUGGAUCAGAGAGUUUCUGCCCUUCCUGUGGUUGAUGAAAAUGGGCAUGUGGUUGACAUCUACUCCAAGUUUGAUGUUAUAAAUCUGGCAGCUGAGAAGACAUACAAUAACCUGGACAUCACUGUGACUAAAGCCCUCCAGCAUCGCUCGCAGUAUUUUGAGGGUGUGCUCACCUGCCGAGCCAGUGAGACACUAGAAGCCAUUAUCAGCCGACUAGUGGAGGCCGAGGUUCACAGGUUAGUGAUCGUGGAUGAGCAGGAGGUUGUGAAAGGCAUCGUGUCUCUGUCUGAUAUCUUACAGGCGCUGGUGCUCACCAAUGGAGACGACGGAAGUGCUUGAUGGAAGUAGAGAAGAGUGAAGGAGUGUGUCUCUCAAUAAGCCAGAAGAUGUUCCAGAAAAAGGAUCGAUCGAGACGUCUAUGACACACAGCCAUCCCAAACACCGUCGUUUCACAAGCACAACCCAUUCAUCAGAGUGAAGAAAGAGAUGCUUCGCUUUUCUAAGAACAAACUCUUUUAAUAAUAGAGCCUUCGUACCACUUCAGGGAUUUUAAUUGGACAGAAUUCAAAUGAUUUUAGUUAUGUCACUCGGCACACUGUUUUUUGCUGAUGUGACAGCCGUCUUUCACAUUAUUUCCCUCACAGAAGGAAAUCAGAUGAGAUUGAGGUGAAGCUUGAACCAGAGAUGGUCAUGUAGUUUUUGUGCAGGUGUUUAAGUGUCAGUGGUGAAGAAGCGGAGUGUGCGACUUCAUACUGAGAGACUGAAACCUUCUGUUAUUGAUCUGGGUGCAGUUUUGCAGGGUAACGUUUCAUCUGAAUCGAAUGUUUCUGCACUACACACUGAUAUGACACACACACACACUCUGGCAAUAUGCAGAGGAAGUUUCAUUGAUUCAUUCUGAUCCAGUUUCUCUGAACAUCAAACCAGUUCAGCACUAAGAGCCAUUUCAACUUCCUUUAUAAUGUGAACAUGGAGUGCUUUGCUGAAAUGUUUUAAUGUUAACCAUUGAAUAUUUAUAGCAUUGGAAAA